AUGGCUGCCGAUGUCCAGCCAAUUGCUCAGGUCAAGUUGCCUGCUCGACCCUCUUCCCUGACGCCGGAGCAGUCGUAUUGGCGGUCGUUCAAAUCUCCUUUGAACAUUUCCUCUCCCACAAAGCACGCCGUAACUCAUAUUUCCCAACCGCAGUCACUCAAUGCGACCCAAAACUCUUCCGACUAUUUUGCUGUGACGACUGGUGCGCGGGUGCAACUUUACUCAAUUAAGACCCGAAAAAUCCUCAAGACUAUCACACGAUUCGACGACAUUGCCUACAGCGGUGAAGCCCGAUAUGAUGGACGAGUCCUUGCGGCAAGUGACGAGACUGGUGCAAUCCAGGUCUUCGAUGUCAAGUCAAGAGCUAUUCUAAAGACGUGGAAAGAGCAGAAACAACCGGUACAUACAGUAAGAUGGAGUCCCAAGGAGACCACCGCGUUGAUGAGCUGCGGAGAUGACAGAACCGUCCGACUAUGGGAUCUUCCGAGCGAGAGCAGUGUCGAGACGUUCCGCGGCCACCAGGAUUACGUGCGGACCGGUGCUUUUCUACCAGGACAGUCAAGUAACUUGUUUGUCUCGGGCAGUUAUGAUCAGACCAUCAAGCUCUGGGACCCUCGUACGCCAAAUGCGGCGGUCAUGACGUUCAAACAUAUUGCUGCCGUAGAAGAUGUCUUAUGCAUGCCGUCAGGGACAACUAUUCUGGCAUCGGCCGAGAACCAGAUUGCAGUCCUGGAUAUUGUGGCGGGGAGGCCGUUGCAGAUGAUCAAGAAUCACCAAAAGACCGUUACAUCGUUGUGCCUGGCAUCCAAUGGAUCAAGGGUAGUCAGUGGUGGGCUCGAUGGGCAUCUCAAGGUCUUUGAAACUACGGGAUGGAAUGUCGUUGCCGGGUCCAAAUACCCGGCUGGCAUCCUUUCCUUAUCUGUUAUUGCCGCUGGAAAUCCCCCAGAAGACAAACAUGUUGUAGUGGGAAUGUCCACCGGCCAACUCAGCAUUAGAACACGACUUUCUGGGGAGCAAAAAGUGAAAGAGCGCGAACGACAGAAACAAAUGGAAGCACUCAUUGCAGGGACGAUCGAGGAGUACGACAAGAAGCAAGCCAAAAAACGCCCGAGAGGACUCGAAAAGCGGCUCAGAGGACGCGACUACGCUGGCGAAGAUGCAGAUAUCAUCGUGGAAGGAAACGUGCGACCGAAACAAAAGAAGCUGGCUUUGUGGGAGAAGGAACUGCACAAAGGCAGAUAUCGCGAAGCAUUGGAUAUCGCCCUGCAUGGCGCAGACAGACUGACGAUCGUCACCUUGCUCAACACUCUCCGCUACCGAUCGGCUCUGCGUGCUGCUCUCGAAGACCGCACCGAAUCAGACCUGCAGCCCAUCAUGCACUGGAUAUGGAGGAACAUCUCCAACACAGCAUUUGUUUCACUGUGCGUGGAAGUUGCGAUGAACAUCAUGGAUCUGUAUUCAAAGCACCUGUCGGAAAGCGAGGACCUUGCAAAGCACCUGAAGAAGUUGCGAGAGCGAGUCCACGAAGAGACAGAUCGAGCAGAGCAAGCGGGAAUAACAAGGGGAAUGCUGGAGCUUUUGACUUCACAGCAAAUUGGCUGA